AUGUACGGGUGUGCUGGGGAUGCGGGGCUGUGUGGGAUAUCUCUGAUUUGGGCUGAAAAGAAGAGGCUGAACAAGGGGGCAGAUGUGGUGGAGAAAAGGGGUCCAUACAUCAUGAGCAAACCUCCCUCCAUUCAGGCCAAGCUGAAGAGGCAGCGGGAGCUGGCAAAGGCAGUGCUGCGAAGGCAGGGGCUGCUGGGGGCACCCACUGCCCUGAAACCAACUCCUAAAAGGUCUGUGAAGUUCAACAAGGGCUACACGGCGCUCAGCCAGACAGCUGAUGAAAACCUGGUCUCCCUCGACUCAGACAGUGACGGGGAGCCAGGAUCCAGGUGUUCCUCGGGAUACUCCUCCGCUGAGCAGGUGACCCAGGACCUGAGCCGGCAGCUGCUGCAGGAUGGGUACCACCUCGAUGAGGUCCCCGAUGACGAAGACCUGGAUCUCAUCCCCCCAAAAUCUGCUGCCUCCUCUUCUUGCCCCUGUUGUUUUGGAGAAAAUCUCUCCUGUGUGAUCCAGUAGCUGCACAAGAACAGGUCAAAAUCCAGCACUUUCUUUGUCCCGUGGGAUGCUGGUGGGUGUCCAGGUCCCAUGCCAGGACUGUGGCACAAGGACUGAACGAUGCUGCUCACGGCAGAGACCAACUGACUCCAAAAGACUAAAAUUCUUCUCCUUACACUCAGCAAUAUCAGGGGGAGGUGGCACAGUGACAGUUUGGUGACCUGAAUGGGACUUGGCACUUGGCUGGGGUGGGAAGGGAGGACAGGCAGGGCCUGGCACCUCCACAGGGAUAUAAAGGGAAGGAUUUGGGAGUUUCUGGGGUUGGAGCUAAUGGCUUGUUCCCAUUCUCCUCAACGCUGCUUUGAUGCAGGUGAGGCACAGCCCAGGCCCUCUGUCCCAGCUCUGCCCAGGGCUUGGAUUUGGGGGGCUGGAGAGCCUCCCUGCUGCAAACCAUAAAUGCUGCCUUAAACCAUGGUCCUGCUCUAUGACAUAGAGGACAAUCAGCUUCUUAUACAGAAACCUUAUUUAAAUAUUUCAUGUCAAGAGACAUGAACUGGUUUGGGGGUGGGGGGGCAUGUUUGUUUGGUUUUGUAUUUUACUUGUAAAAGGGAGCACUCAAUAAACUGGAUCUUAUUACUCAGA